GUGGAAAUGUCAACAGGUGGUUGUUCGAUUUUCGAUCUUUAGAUAUUCAACAACAACAUACCUUCUUCUUCUUGGCAUCAGUAAACACGACAUUAUACUGGAGUGGAGUAAAUCAGGCUUCCAAUGGAGUUUGUAUCGUAGUAUCAAGUUUCCAAAUAUCCAUACAUACACAUGUCAUAAAAGAGAUGGGUGUUCAGUUUCUAAUUCAUAUAAAGAGAAAGUUACCAUCUAAGAAGAAAUGGUUAUCAUCUUCAUUUCUCUUUUUACUGUUUUGCCAUGAAUUUUGUGUUGGAACUAAGGACUUUGUUAAUCAAAGGCACAAUUUGAGAGGAAAACCUGGCCAAGGAUAUUACAUAGAGGUCGAUAUAGGAACACCUCCUCAAAAGAUAAAUGUCCUGAUAGACACAGGGAGCAGUAAUUUUGCUGUGGCAGCCUCACCAAAUAAAGAUUUAGAUUAUUACUUUAUGAGAAAUGGAUCAUCAUCUUAUAAAGAAGUAGGGACACAAAUAUAUGUCCCUUACACCCAGGGUAACUGGAAAGGUGUCUUAGCUACAGAUUUAGUGAAACCCAAGUCUUUGAAUGUUAGUUCACGAUCGAACAUAGCCUUUAUUACAGAGUCAAAUAACUUCUUCAUCAAUGGUUCUAACUGGCAAGGAAUAUUAGGUCUGGCUUAUGCUGAAAUAUCAAGACCUGACAAAUCAGUGACACCAUUCUUUGAUUCACUAGUGAGUACAGGUGGAUUGGAUAAUGUCUUCAGUUUACAGCUGUGUGGAUUGGUCUACAAAAAAGAUCAGAUGUCAGAUUUAGAAAUGGGAGGAUCAUUGACCUUUGGUGGAAAAGACCAUGGAUUGUAUAAGGGAGAUAUUUAUUAUACACCAAUACACAAACAGUGGUAUUAUGAUAUUGUUAUUGUUGAUUUAAAAGUUGGUGGAACCAGUUUAAAUCUAGAUUGUAAAGAGUAUAAUUUUGACAGAACUAUUGUUGACAGUGGUACAACAAAUCUUCGUCUUCCAUUAAAAGUUUUCUCAGGGGUUGUUUCCAAGGUUAAAAGUUUUGUACAGACCAUGCCUGCACCCCCAUCAGAUCAGUUUUAUAGUGGUCUAUCUCACAUGUGUUGGAAAACCUCUGCUGUUCCCUAUAGUUAUUUCCCAGUGAUAUCAUUGUCUAUACCAGUAGGUGAUGGUACAAUGUUUGAACUCAGAAUUGCUUCUCAGCAAUAUUUGAGACCUGUUGGUGAAGUUUAUGAUGAAGGACCAGGGGUUGACUGUUUUAAGUUUGGUUUAUCUAAUUCUACAUCAGGAACAGUAAUAGGGGCAGUAGCUAUGGAAGGUUUUUAUGUAAUAUUUGAUAGAGCCAAUAAAACAAUUGGUUUUGGUGAAUCAACUUGCCCAGUAAGAGAUGAAACUGCUUUAAAAUCUACUAUUCUUGGUAACAUUCCAUAUAAAGGAAAUUACAAAGAUUGUGGAUACAACAAAAAAGAUCCAAAUACUAAAUCAUUAACAAUAGCUGGUUAUAUAAUGGCUGGACUAACAUGUGUUUGUAUUGUACCGUUUAUAAUAGUAUUCAUUAAGUGGAAAUGGCAGGAUAGAAUGUUGCGUAACAGAUAUCAUGACCAAACAGAUUUAAUUCCGACGGAUAGAAGAUAAUAUUGAUAACACUAAAUUAGGGAUAAAAAAAUUAUAGAUACUUUAUAGAUCAGGGGAGGGAUUUUGCUAGCUAUUUCCAUGUUUUAACCUUGGGAAUAGACCGAGAGCGGAAAAAACUUAGAGUUGGUCCACAAUGCCUUACCUUUUGAAAGAACAUGCUACCACUUCUUAUUCAAUCAUUUGAAUAUACCAUACAUGUCCAUGGAUAAAUGAGUAAAGCAUUGGCAUUCAUAUUGUUCUAUGAUUAAACUGAGUUGGAAGGAGUUGUCUUUAAAGUUAAAAGGAGAGUAUCAAACCCCCCUGAGGUGUAGAUGAUGUACACGUUAUUGCUAUUUGUCCGCCAUUACUAAAUAUCACACAGGUUCCUGUAAAAUUUUGACGUCAUAAAACAAAAUAUCUGACGCCACAAUGGAGAAGUGAUUGUUGUUGACGUCAAAAGUUCAAGCGGCCGAGUUAGCAGGGAUUAGCGAUAAGGUGUAUUAAUAAAUGGGUGUUUAGUGGAGUGAGAACUAUCACAACUUAUCAUGACAAGCAAUUGUACUCUUUUAAAAAAUGCAAUUUGUAAAAUUGGUAAAUCUAUAUACUUUCAAAUUAUAUACUGUGGAAUAAGUUAUUUACAUGAAUAACAACAGUUAUAUUUUCGUGGAUAUAUGAUUUUAUUGGUUUGCAAAAGUAUGCAUUAAGCUACUAGAAAAUUUGUACCUUGCCGAAACAUUUAAGUUCUUGGUUUAAUCAUAUCCAGGAAAUCCAGGGAAAUUGAUAUUUUACUAAUAAAAAUGAAUCAAUAUGUAGGAAGUUGCAAAACAAGAGAACAGUGUUGCUAUUGGUUAUCAAUAUUUUUUGGAAUUUUAUCAAAAGUAAUUUGCAUGAAUAACCAAACAUAUUUUUAUUUUUUUCAAAACAUAAAAUUUAUUUAUUUAUUAUUAAUCAAAGCAUAGAAAAAUAUAGAAAUUAAUGUCAUGGUAGAUAUUUUUACUCUUCUUCGUGCUGCUAAUCAGAAGAUAAUUUUGGGGUGAAAAUAGUAAACAUUGGGCAAAAGGCCCCUGGAUUAUUACGGCAUCAUAAAAUCUACUGAAAUGCAUUGUUAAUUUUAUAGGCAAGUCAUACAUUUAUAUAUGGCCAAUAUAGUUGACUAAACUGAGAGCAUUAUAAGUUGCAAUAUUAAUUUAUUUACAAUUUUAUUGAAGAAUGAGUAAUUAACAUUGUUGUCAUUAAUUUGUUUAUAUUUUCACUUGUUAUGUGAUUCACAUUGUGAUCAUUUAUUAUUUAUAAUUCACUUGUUAAUUUACCAUUCACUUUAUCAUUAUUUACAUACACAUAUUCAACUGUUCAUUUAGAUCCUUUUUCAGAGUUUGGAUUUAGAGAGCAGGGUUCCCUAGGGGACAGGGUUCCAAGCCUACCUUAAGGAUGUUUGCUUGUCAUGUUUUGGAAUUUUUGUCAGAUUUCCAGAAUCCUCUGGUUUUAUCCAUUUGAAUGCCUAAAAAAAUUUACCCAUGAACCCCCAUUUUUCUUUUUAUAAAUCUUUUACAUGUAUAAUUAUAAGCCAUUUAUAAAAGUGUUUCAAAAUUUUAUUUAAUUUUAAUAGUAUUUGAGAACUUUAACUGGUCAAUGAUAAAUUAAGCUAUGAAAAAAUCAAGAGAGAACAUUUUCCCGCCAAAAUUUCAAUGGCUUAUAUCUUGAAAACAAGCACAUUGACCCCUAUAUUUAUUUUGGCUUUUUUGAUUCCUCAAUAAAUCCCCUAUCAAUAUAUACUAGUUUUAUGGAAAGUUAUUAUUCUGAAACUGAGCAGCAAACAUCCUUAAUUGAGCUAGAUUGUAAACUCAGACUUUUUACCUAUUUCAUUUCAAACGUUGGCUAGUUGCGUGGCCCCUCUGUUUCAAAAUACUGCAUCUGCAUCAGCCUUCAGUUUACCUCACAAAAGUAGUAAUAUAUACUUGGUAAACAUUAACCAUAUACAGAUAUGUAUUCACUGUAGUAUAUGAAAAUAUCUUAUAUUUUACUCAAGGGAAUCAUAAUGCACAAUUUGUUUUUAUAAAUUAAUUAUGUUAAUAACAUUUUUCAUAUGCUCAUCUUAUUGUUCAUGUGUGUUAUACUCUCUUAAAACCUGUUAAUGAUGUCUCAGAUCCUAAAUUUGUCAAAUCUUCAAUUGGUUUUUUUACAAGAACAAAUAUGAAAAUAGGAUGAAGCAAUCCUGCACU